ACUUAAAAUCAGUUUUUUCGGGUAGUCGCGGGCGGCCAGUCUAAAGUUCCAGCACUGGUCUCUAACGGGUCCCUCAUUGUACCAUAAUACAUAAAAAUAAUGAAGAUUCGUGUUAUGUUUCGAAUUGCAGCUGAUUACAGUAUUUUCUCUCACGAAAAACGCACAUAAAUUAAAAAUAAUUCUGAAUCAUAAUUCUAAAACCAAACACCUACUAAAUCUCUAUCCUAGGCCCUCUAGCCAACCAUCAAAUCCAAUAUUCGUCACUGCGAACGUCAUUUAUUUUCUCUACAGUUCUUUUCUUAUCUUAAUCCUCGCCACGUCCCACGAUAAAUGAAAUCAAUACUUUGACUUUUAAAAGACGUAUCCACUACUUAAAGUAGUAAUCCAACCAAAGUUUUUCUAAAAUAUUCAAACCAGUUACUAUACAACGCCGCCGAAAGCACCACUCCACCACGCUCCUCCACGCGCCGCUGACGCCAAUGGCAAAGCCCCGCUUCCUACUCGUCGUUUUACCGGCGCAUGGCCACGUUAACCCGGCCCUACAACUUGCCAGGCGUCUAGUUCUCAUCGGCUGCGAAGUCACCUUCGUCACCACCGUCCGCGCCCACCGCCGCAUGAUCACCAAAGGUGGCGGAACGGACGACAACAACGACAAUAAUUUCACCCCACCGAACGGCAUGUCCUUCACGCAGUUCUCCGAUGGAUACGACGACGGUUUUGGCCCUAAGGCCAUAGAUUUCACCGUCUACAGUUUGGAGCUCCGCAGCCGCGGCUCCCAAGCUCUCAUAGAUCUCGUCGAUUCGAGUAAGAACGAAGGCCGUCCGUACACCUGCAUGAUCUACACGUUCAUUAUGCCCUGGGUUGCUGACGUGGCAGCGAAGCUCGGGAUCCCGGUGGCGCUUUUCUAUGUCCAGACGGCGACUGUGUUUGAUCUCUGCUACUAUUACUUCCAUGGCUAUGGUGAUCUCAUCAGGGACAAAAUGGUAAAUGAUCGUUCAUGUUCUUUAGGAUUUCCAGGGCUUCCACUCGAUUUUGCUGUUCGUGAUCUUCCCUCGUUCUUGGACGCUUCAGAUUCAAAGUUGGGUUCUCUCGUCCAAUUGUUUCAAGAACAGUUUGACGUGAUUGGCCAAGAAAGUCAACCAAAGAUUUUGGUCAACACGUUUGAUGCGUUAGAGCCGGAGGCACUGAGAGCACUUUGUGAUAAUUAUAAGUUGAAUUUGAUUGGAAUCGGACCGUCGAUCAAUCCGGUUGAGCUUCGAAAUUCAGAUGAUAAAAAUUACAAGAUUAGUAAAUGGUUGAACUCUAAGCCAAAAGGGUCAGUGAUUUACGUGUCGUUUGGUAGCAUCGCGGUGUUAACAAAGCCCCAAAUGGAGGAAAUCGCAAAGGGGUUGUUGGAUUUUGGCCGUCCUUUCUUGUGGGUCAUUAGAGAAAACGACAACAAAAACAAAGAUGAAAGAGGAGGAGGAGAAGAAGAAGAGAAAGUGAGUUUUAAAGAAGAAUUAGAGAAGGUUGGGAAGAUAGUUCCAUGGUGUUGUCAAGUUGAGGUUUUGUCUAACAAUGCUUUGGGGUGUUUUGUGACGCAUUGUGGGUGGAAUUCUACUUUGGAGAGCUUGGUUUGUGGAGUCCCUGUUGUGGCUUUCCCACAAUCAGUUGACCAAUUAACCAACGCCAAGUUGAUAGAGGAUUUUUGGAAAACUGGGGUAAAAGUGAAGGCCAAUGAGGAGGGAAUUGUUGAGGGUCAAGAAAUAAAGAGGUGUUUGGAAUCUGUAAUGGGCGGAGAGGAAAUGAGAAGAAAUGCCCAGAAAUGGAGGGAUUUGGCUUGGGAAGCUUCCAAGGAUGGUGGAUCUUCUGAUACCAAUCUUAAGGCUUUUGUGAGUGAUGUGAUUGGAUUGAAGACCAUUUCUUAAUGAAAAAGUGAUUGGAUUAAAGACGAUUUCUUAAUGAAAAACAGACUUUUGGUGUCCUUUUAGGCUCUUUUUUUAGUGGUUGAUAUUUGUCCUUUUGCUAAGUAGUGUCUUUUUUUUUUGUUUUUUGCUAGAAUUUUUUGCUUAGUUAUCUUCCACAGGGUCGUGUACUUUCUCCUUAUUAGUAGAGAGGCAUCUUAUCCUAUUCACUUCUCAUCCAACCAUUCAACUUUCUUCCUAUAAUUUAUAUUUCCACGCUAUAAAUAAGACGAAAACGACCGCUUACUUGUUGGUAACCGGUUAGCAGGGGGAAAAAAAAAAAAAAACCCUUAUGAACUCUCUCUCUA